AUCCAUUGAACACUAUAUAGUUUUUUAUUAAUAUAUAUUUAUUUUUUAAAAUGUUAGUUGAACUUAGCAAUAGUAAAGAUUUUGAUAAUUAUAAAAAUAAUUUAAAACUUUUAAUUGUUUUAGUAGAAAAUAGUGAACAAUAUAAUGUUGUUUCAUCUACUAUUAAAACCUUAAGUGACCAUAAUCCAAAUAUAUUAUUUUUAGUGGUUAGAAGAGAUAUAUGCAAAGAUUUAGAAAUAAUUAAAACAUCUAAACCUCUUACUUUUGUUGCUUCUGUCAAUGGAACAGAGGUAAAAAGAUGCGAGGCCACCGAUUCAAAAUCAAUAGAGGAUUUAAUUACAUUUUUAAAUAAUCAUGCAAUGUUUUAGGUAAAAAAAAUAAAUAAAGUUUUUUUUAAUAAAUA